AUGCCGCUGUGCUGUCUAACUAUGGUGUUGCUAAGUUUAUUCUGCAAAGUAAGCAGCCAACUGGCUUGUGUCUGUGGGUUUGCUGACCUGGCCACCGCCCUACUGGAUUUUUCCACCACUGGUGUCCUCCCAGUGGUGAUAGAGGAAGAUGAGGACACACUCCGACGUCCACCCACUAAACCAGCUCCCCCCAUCCCUCCUCGUGGUGCAGUCCAGGAUGAAGAUCAAGACCUCCCUCCUGAGGAUAUCCCUCCCCUUGCCCCCGAGGACAUUCCUCCCUCUCCCCCACCUCCUCUAGCUCCUGAGGAUAUCCCUCUCUCUGUGCCACCUCCUCCACUUAGGGCCGAACUAGCUUCCAAGUUAAUGCACUUGUCCAUCUGA